CCGACCGGAUACCUGCCUCGACUUUCUGGACUGCACAGCCAUAACUGUGGGAGGCGUAGUUGAUGCAGCUCUAAGCGAAAGAAGCACAUCAGCUAUCCCAUCAGUCUGCCAUGCUGAUCACAUGGUGGUAUUUAUACCUUGCAGCUCGGAACGUCGCCGAACAAACACUGAGAAUGGCUUCAGUCCUCCACAAGCUGAUCACCCCACUGAUCAGCGGCCCCCCAGAGCCGCCCAGGAAUAAAGUGACAGUAGUGGGCGUGGGUCAGGUUGGCAUGGCCUGCGCUGUCAGCAUCCUGCUCAGGGAGCUGGCCGAUGAGCUGGCCCUGGUGGACGUGGUAGAGGACAAGCUGAAAGGAGAGAUGAUGGAUCUGCAGCACGGCAGCCUUUUCCUUAAAACCCCCAAAAUAGUUGCAGAUAAAGACUACUCAGUCACCGCAAACUCUCGCAUCGUUGUGGUCACAGCCGGAGUCCGUCAGCAGGAGGGCGAGAGCCGGCUGAACCUUGUACAGAGAAACGUCAACAUAUUCAAGCACAUCAUCCCCCAGAUUGUACGAUACAGCCCUGACUGUAUCAUCAUUGUUGUUUCCAACCCAGUUGAUGUUCUGACCUACGUGACCUGGAAACUGAGCGGCCUUCCCAUGCACCGCGUCAUUGGCAGUGGCACCAACUUAGACUCGGCCCGUUUCCGCUUCCUGAUGGCGGACAAACUUGGGAUCCACUCCAGUAGCUUUAACGGGUGGAUCCUGGGAGAACACGGAGACACAAGUGUGCCUGUAUGGAGCGGCACAAAUGUGGCGGGAGUCAACCUGCAGACGUUAAACCCCAACAUCGGCACAGACUUCGAUGAAGAGAACUGGAAAGAAACUCACAAGAUGGUGGUGGACAGCGCGUAUGAGGUGAUCAAACUGAAGGGUUACACCAACUGGGCCAUCGGUCUGAGUGUGGCCGACCUGACCGAGAGCCUCAUGAGGAACAUGAACAGAAUUCAUCCCGUCUCCACCAUGGUGAAGGGCAUGUAUGGGAUCGGUGACGAGGUUUACCUGAGUCUGCCCUGCGUGUUAAACAGUGGAGGCGUGGCCAGCGUAGUCAACAUGACCCUGACAGAUGAAGAGGUGGCCCAACUUCAGGGUAGCGCCAGCACUCUGUGGGACAUCCAGAAGGACCUGCGAGACAUCUAACCAACCAUGGGGGGGGCGACGCAAAAAUAUAUUCCUGGUGGCUGGUCCUUCUGCGGUUACUGGAAACCCUUCAGUUGCACUCUCUGCACCUCACUCGCUGCUUCCUGUGUAGAUCCUUCUCAAAUUUAGCCAUAGGUGUCAGUUCGAACAUCUAUAAUUGUUGAAGAGGAGAUCAAAGGUGUUAAAAAGAGAUCGAAAUGUUUUGAUGCACUUGCUCUGACACUUCAGCUGUGGUGAAAUGACCAGAGUUGCUUUGAUGCAAAAUAAAGGUUUGCUGGCA